UGCUACAGGCAGCAACAAAAUAGCGUUUUGUUGAAGUACGGAGCCGUGGCAUACACGGUCAACUGCAUAGGCCUAUUCAAAAAGACAAGAAAACUACCUGUCGGAGAAACUCUCGACGACUCGAAGGAUUUGCUCAGCGGAUGAAAACAUGCAGAGGAUAAAAAAACCGUUUUAGACUUUAAAUGUGCAACAACCGAGCCGGCCGGGUUAUAUAUGAUUAGCCGGAUAUCUUGCAAGCGAUAAAUCGGAUUAUAAACAUCUCGAACACUCUCGUUUUCCUUCCCAAGAAGUGAAGGAAUGUGGCCGUCUGUCAGGCGGUCGGAUGGGAUUUGCUUGCUAGUAUUUUGGCAAGAGGCUACUCUUCACGGAGAUUGUGCGCAAUGAAGCUGCAUUGUUAGCCAACCCUACCGCAGGCUUCGUGUGUUAUUAGCUGUGGCAUUGCUAGCUGGUUUGUUAUGACAGUUUAAUGCAUUGGGCCCCGAGCAUCGUAACUUAACAGCGUGCAAGCUAGUUAGUUUAGUUAGCUAGUCUAGCAAACUUUGUUAAUAGUGGCCGCUGAUUCGUGAAUUGUGAACCGUGAAUCGUGUUCAGCUAUAAAGUGCAAGGUGUUCGGAUUGAGUAAUUUGCGGGCAGAGAUUUCAUACCCAGACUGCGAAGACUAUGACUAAUUCGGUUACUACCUGUGACCCACAGAAACACGAAUUACUUUUGGACUAUUCCCCAACGAAACCGACCAUGGCACCUGUCCUUGGAUCGAUAUCGAUCAAAUCGUUAUUAAAUAGGUAGCUGGCUAGGUACCUGGCUAGCUGCCCCACAGGUGGACUUUCAAAAAAGAUGUCACCAUAUUGUCUCGCUUACUAACGUAAUGAAGUCCUGAGAAGAUGGACUAAGAGCAACUUUAGAUUACUGCGUUAUUUCACGAGUCGAAUUAGACUAUCUUGUAAACUCUGGUUUGUUUCCCUGUGGACACAGCUGUGUUUGAAUGGCUUUCAUGAAGCUGGUUAAAGAGCCACAAAAACGUGUGGGUAAGUAGCUAGCUAAGCUACAUCUGCGCCCACCCAGAGAGACAUCACCGACAGAGCCGCGGUAUCAUGACGGAGCGGCCGCCGCUGGCGGAGAAGGCCAUGUCGGAGGCGUAUGCGCGCCUCCGCUAUCGCGACACCUCGCUCCUCAUCUGGCAGCAGCAGCAGCUGGAGCUCGAACGCGCGCCCCCGACGAACUACCUGAGCCGGAGCCAGACCGCGCACUACAGCCAGUACGGGAACCAGAGCGUGGUGGUGCGGGACAGGAGCAAGCUGGAGGCGCCGCCCGACACCGCACGGUCCCGCAUCUGCACGGUCAUGUGAGGGGAUGGCCAAACCACCAAGCAGCUAGCGACCCGGAUCAUGAGGUUUAGCUACACGCCCAUGUGCAGCAACUCUUUCUCGGGUUUCUGUAUGUAGUUCCUUAGGCAGCGGCUGCUCUUUUCACUAAAUGUUGGGGAGCACGGGGUCUAUUUCAGAGUUCACGAGUAGGCCUAUAUGCUAUUUAAUAUAUGCACAAACCCCUCCACAACUCCGUGUUUGCUCCAAGUUAGAUAGCGCAUGACUCGCAGUCGGUCCUGUUAGACGUACUUAAGGCAUUGUUUUGUUAAAUGCAUGAUAUGGAAUUGCAUGUGUUCAGUUGCUUUGAGGUAUUUGGUCUUUGAACGCAGUUUUGUCAAAAUACAUUUGCAUAUUGCAAAUAACAUUAUUCCACAGUGGGCCCAUAGUGAGUGCUUAUC